UAAAACCAAAAUGUUAAUGUUAAGUGUGUUAAAUACCAGACCAUAAAAAUGUGUCUUCAGUAACGAUUUAAAAUGUGUUUGUGCAGAUGCAAUAUUUAGGGGAAGACUAUUCCAAAGUCUGGGACCUGCCACAGAGAAGGCUCUGUCGCCACAUGGAAUGGAUAACAUUAGUUUUGAACUGGACCUUGUGGUUUUCUCUGGAGCACAAAUAAAUAGGAGCUCUGACCAGUAAGAAGGAGCUCAGCCGUUAAGUGCCUUUAAAACAAAAAGUAAGAGUUUAAAUUGGAUCCUGUAAGUUGCUUCUUUUUGUUAAGAAAACUGAGAUUUCUUGUGCUGUUCUAUGCUGCAGUCUGCUGGGGAGGAAGAAUCAGAAACAAGGAUGCAAGGAGACUGAAUAAACUAGUGAGGAAAGCUGGCUCUGUAACUGGAGCCUGACUGGACACACUGGGGGAGGUGGCUGAAAGAUGCACAAUAAAGAUGUUGGAAGCCAUCCGGAACAGCUUUGGUGACCAACUUUAUAACAUCCUUACAGAACAAGAAAACAAAAAAACCCUACCUCUCCAUUGCAUAAUGCAGAGAUACAGAAAAUCAUUCGCACCCACAGCCAUCAGGCUUUUCAAGUCUCAUUCAAAUAGCAGGUGAGCUAAGUCAGACAUGAAUUUCUCUCUGGGAUCAAUGAAGUUAUUCUUAUUCAUAUUUACAUUGACAAACAGUGCAGUCCCUCCACAUUUCUGUGAAUCGGAAAACUCCUGAAACCAGGUGCAGUGUGAGUGUCUCUGACUAUCGCCUCCAGAGCAAUAAUGAUAAUGAGGACGAGCUUUGUGAAUUCAUUAAAAUUGAAUCAUGUGAGCAGACCUGAUGUUAACGCUCUCUGCACGUUAGCAACGUAAAAUACUGGAGUGAGAGACUCAGUGAUCCGUACUGUAGAAGCUGUACUGGAAGCAAAAGGUGCUCAACAUGAUGGAAAUGAAACUGGCUGCAUUUAAACCAUGCAAACCAUCAGAUUUUUUAAAGAACUCAGAACUUGAUGGGCUUCACGCUCACACCUCCUACUGAGUUGCUGAGCAGUUCGCUUCUUUUGGACGUUGCAGAAAAUCUGUUGGAAAUAUGUGAUUGUGUCCGAGAGUCUAGUGUUUGUGGACAUAUGUUCUGUGUUAGGAAUAAGAAACUACGAUACUGGCAUUUAAGCUGGAACUGUACUAAUAACUCAUAUCUGCUUGUGGAAGAAAGAAUAGCCCACAGAGAAUAAUAAAGAAUAAAGUUAUCGCUUGCUGGAGAGUUUAACUCUGAGACUGCUGUAGUAAAGCGUCUUCUAUCCACUGCUACAUUUGCAUAUUUCACUUUGUCGUAUUCUAAAAAUAAUGGAGCCGAGCGUUGUUACUGAUUUCAGUGCUGCAGAAGUCAUUUGUUCACUUAUUGUGUGCAGUUAUUUUUGUGUUAUUCCAAUAAGGAUUGAUUUUAACUAUGAAAUGAAACGAUAACAGGAGUUGCAAAGUCGUGCAAUAUUAACAGGAUGAAAAGUUGAGUUACCGUUGCCAUUCUCGCUGUUUCACUUUCAGCUGAAGUUUCUACCCACUAGAGAAUGUGAAAAUCAAUGAAACGGUGCAGACACAAACCCGCUGUAUGUUACCUUGACAUCAAACAUGACAUCAGACAGUUUACUCCACUGGGUUAAAAAAGGAGGUAGAUAAAUGAGUUUUAUGCACCGGAUGACAGUCCUGCUUUCCUGCAAGAUACAUUUAAAACGGUUUAAAAGACUCAAAAAAAUAAUCCAGUUCUUUUUUUAAAAGCAGAAAACAAGAUUUAAAAGUUAUUUUUAAAGGUUAACGCUCAUCAAUCUGUGGCAAGUUGCAAUGGGUUCAGCAGCCCGAGGGUGACCGCACUGAAGGGAAUUACACAAACUGGUAAUAGAAGAAAACAUUACAAAGAGUUCGCAAUUAAAGUGCGUGUGUGUUUGUGCGAGAGCGCGGUGCAGAGAAACACUGACUUAGGGUAAUGCAGCCUUAAUAGCCACAUUAGUUUCUUGCUCCGGCUGAAUCGUUUGAAGCAACUUGGACAAGCAAAUAGGUCCAUUAGGUAGCUAUAGAUCUCAUAACACACGCUGAAAUGGGCCCCUGAGUACAGCAAACCUGCAUUCACCUGCACACUUCACUUCUUCUGUUCUCACAAAAUGCAAGAUGCACAACAAUGUGCAGAUGCAGUUUGUCUCUCUGAUUAAUUAACACACACAAACACGCACACAGAGUCGCAUCUUUUUUCCCACUGCCACUCCGCGUGUCAUUGAAGGCUUUUCUAUCACAACUAAUUUGCUGCUGCCGCAUUCACUGCUGCAGUGACAGGACUUUCCUAAUGAGACAGAGUGCUCACAGUAAUGGCAGGUGUGGACCUUGAAUCAGAAUUACAGUAAUGAGAUGAGCAGGCCUAAUGGUCACAAGCAGAAUAAUAAGAAGUACAGACACAGGAUGAGAGCAGCAAUAAUGAGAGUGAAGGCUGUGAGACGAGUCGGGAAAACAACAGAGCCACGGCAGGAGAAGGUGGCUGCUGUUGUUUUUGGGGACGUCAUCUCAAGAUUUUACACAUCUGAAGGUUUCUUUACUGAAUAUUCAGCUCUGUCUGAUUAAGUAACGUGAAAAAAAAGUUUUGAAGUUUAAGUUUAGUCAUGAAAGCGUGGCCUACAUACUGAAGAGGCUUCCCUCUCCACCUCUCACUUGUUUGUGCUGUUGAGUUCUGCUGUGUGACAAGAUAACGGCCUCAUAAAUAGUCAUCAUUAGCAGUGAAGCUUCCGUGUUUGAGCUGAUACCUGCAGAGCAGUUUGCGCUCAGUUACCAUGUGAAUGCAACAGUUUGGCGUUAGUGUGACAGCAAAAGUUUUUCUUAAAUCAUUACUAUAGUUAUUUCCCACCAUUAUGCAAAUUCCCCUCGGUGCUGGAAUGAGCUGCAGACUGCAGAAUCCCUCAUUAGCUUCAUAUGCUAGUCUCAUCACGUGCUGUCUGACUAAACAGGUUUGUGAAUGCGUGUUGCUGGUUACACAUCCGUGAGGUUGUGGUCUUAAUGGUCCAGUGUGUGGAAAUGGGGCAGUGGCAUUUAACUCGUUUUCGUUUAUGGGCAGAUGUAUCCCAGUUUGGGCUCGGAACAGGAAACUCAACAAUCUUUUGCCAUUUUCAGUGCAAACUUUUAGCAUUCUGUGCAACCCAAUAUUACAGCAAAGCAUAUAAUAGACCCACUGGUCCAUCAUGUGGGUGUCAUGCUUUACCUCCCAUAAGUGUGAAAUGUUUAAGUUGCAGCAGAGAGCUACAGUGAAUUAAAACCAACAAGUCGUUAUUGACCCUUUUUGCCAGGUAAGGUUAAGCUAGAUUGCUGAUCUGUAUUGGGGAAUGUUUCUUUGAAAGCUAAGGAGCUUGGAAAGAAAAGCGUCUGGACUUCUUUAAGUUGCUUGAAGACGUUUCACCUCUCAUCCGAGAAGCUUCUUCAGUUCUAAGGUCAAAUGGUGGAGAGUCCCAGAUUUAAACCCAGUGGGAGUUUCCCCCCAAAAGAGGGACAAAAGCUGGCUUUCUUUGAAAGCCCAUUGCUGUUUUUAUGUUGGCUUUAAAUUAUCGCCCUCUGCUGGUACUGCAAGGCACUUCAAGCCUAGGAGAGACUUCCACAAGAUGGACCAGCAGGUCUGUUAUGCGCUUUGCUGUGAUACUGGGUUGACCUGCAAUGUCUGCAACGGUUCGCCAUGGUCAGGUGUUAACCUUGUCUAAUCCCACUGUGGUAUGACAAACCCUCAGGGGUUACAUAAAGUAAAAGUCAAACCAUUAUACUUUUGUUUUCUUCAGUUUUCAUAUACAUCUGCGAGCCCAGGCUCAGAAAUGAAAAACUGUAAAAUCAAGAAAGCCCUAAAUUUUCCAUGUCGUGUAGAAGAAUGGGGACUCAUCAUGCUAGAAUCCCACCAGAAGAAAAUUUAAAGCUUUUAAACAGGUGCUAGAAAUGUUUUAUUUCAGCCUAAACUCGAUCUUCUCCUAAACCAACCAACAGUUCGACUAAAGAGCACUGGUUUAAAAAUACAGACUUUAAGAAAAAAGUGAGCAGAAAAUGGUAAAGCUGAGUAAAUGAGAAUGAAACAAAGGCUACAGUGGCAAUAACAACAUUUGUUUUAACUUCCUGCCUUUAAAGAUGCUGUUUAAUGGUUUUAAAGGCCACUGUAGGUAACAACGUGUACUCAGCAGUGUCAUCUGCACAAUGUCACAAAAGUUUACACAUUGCCCUUAUUAAUAUUAUUAACAUGUAAGAUUUAUGAAGCUGUGCACAAGUUAUAACAUAUUAAUAUUAAAAAUGCAUUAAUGGAGGCGUAAGCGUGUUGACAAAGAGAAAUACAAUGAGUAUGACAACAGAGCCUUGACAUUUCUUCCAGUGCGUUUUCUGAUGCGUCACAGAGGCUCAAAGAUCAGAGAAUUGCGUUUGAGACGAGAGGUUGUUCGUUUCUGCUAGUCAUUACCAUUGCUUGAGCCCAAGACCAAACUCUUGAACCUGCUCGGUGGCCAACAGGCUGCACUGCGGUCUUAGAGGAAGUCCUACAGAUACGACUGUCUCAUGGACAAUUUAAAUGGAACAGAGAAAAAGUAAAGUUGUUGAGAUUUGUUUGCCCAAACUAGCGUUUCUUGCUGAUAUGUUGUUUGCUAUUAAUUAAGCACUUGUAUGAUGUGUUGGUGUUGUCUGUACCCCACACCAGGACAGUCAUUAGGAAACCCACCAAUUUGACCUGCGACUCAGACAGAGGUUGCAGUUUGAAAUGCCCUCGCAGCAGAAAGAGCAGCUUUGGGAGUUUGGCUGUAAUGGGCCUGUAACUACCACGGCCACAAUUGCAAUGAUAAAGUGGUCACACUCAAACUUGAGGCUACUGCAGUCUCCGUAGAGCUGAAAUUACUGAGGUCUGGUUAUACAAGAUUCAUAUCCCAAUAUACUUAAUGAUGAUGCAUGAUAUAAAUCUCAGUAUCCUCUGUGAAAGGAAAAGUUCAGAGGCUGCUGCGUCAGUUUUAGGAAACAUAGUUAAACCGUUGUCCAUCUUUCUUUGUGCAGUUUAAAAUGAUUCCAGGUUCAUAAUUAUGAGAACUGCUUCACUGGGUCAACUGUUUUCACUCAUCUGGGGAUAUCUCAGCUUCUUUGCUGUGGAGUUGGAUGUGGUUCUGGUCAAACGUCAUCGUUUUCCAUACAUUGUCGUUAUCACACCGCGGCCUGCGUAUCACAUUCAUACAUAAACACUAAUGGAUGUGUCUGGAGUAAUGUGGGGUUCAUGUUGACCAAGAGUGCUUCGACUGUAGCGAUCUACCAAUGAAUAAAAAGCUGGUACUGCCCGCCGUGUUAUGGACACAAACUGCAGCACGAUGGAUUUCAGGCAGAUAUCCUUAAAUUAGGUGGAGGCCAUGCAAUAAUUAUAUUCACAUCUUCACUCCUUUACCUGUUAAGGAAGUGAAGCUUUUAUACUCCAGACUCAGUUAUAUUAAAAAAAUGCCAUCUUAUCAAACUCAGAAUGAGUGAUGAGAGAAGAGUGGAGAGCUACAAAUGUGCAAAAUUGUUAAUAUUUAAAUGUUUUGAUCAUAAUUCAGUACUGAAGCACAACCAGUUAUCAAAAGUCACGCCGUGCUUCCUUUGAAUGCUGAAUAUUUCUUUGCAGUGAUAAGCUUUUUUUAGCCUCCGUCUCCUCAGCUUUUCUAUAAAAUAAUGCAAACAAUUUAUUUUAUAGAAACUUUUAGUACACCACUGCUGCAUCAAGGUACCUAAAGUCCAGCCAUUCAGAUGCUGUAAAUAUAAAGAAGACUGGGAAAAGGGCUGUCUGCUCCCUGGAGCUGUCUGGCCAAAGCUCCAUGAAUACUGAGCUUGCGAAGAGUUUCAGGCAAAUGCCAUAAAUAUAACCGUAAAUGUAAACAUACUGUUGCUGCUGUUGAACUUUGAAAACACUUUUGGAAGCAGAAUAGCUCUUAAUGUGUGUGGCGCUCCCUCUUCCCUUCGCUGUAAACUCAAGGUCAACAGACAUAUUACAGUCCUGACAGCAGCGGUGGACUCAGCCAAGGGACCGAGGACACAUCCGGCUGCCGACAGGCUGCUUGGCCUUACUGGCUCCCUCUCUGUGUCGCUUUAUAACUUUAUUGAUCUGGACAAAGCAGUGGAGCAGACAGGCCUAUUACAGUGCACCCUGUAUACCGCUGUGUUUCUUUCAUGGUCAUUCAGUGGAAGAGGUGCAGCAAUGCCUCUACAGUGAUGGGCACAGGGGAGCAAAAUGAGGUUUUAUUCUCAACAAAAUUAUAUGUAUAUUGAGAAAUAAUGCAGAAAAAAUCUAAUCUAGCAGAGAAGAAGUAAUCACAGUGCUAUAGUUUCUGGAUUCUGUCAUUUGAGGGCUGAGCGUUAGCGUUUUGGAUGCCAUUGUUAGUGUGUGGAGUCAGAGUGAGCUCAUAAGCUUAUAUUAGAAAGCUUGGUUAACACGCUGCAUUCAGAAACACAUUCCUGCUAAUAAGUGCUCAGUAACACACUGAUAAAAUGCUGCAAAAUCACCAAAGAUGAAGCACAACAUUUGUGUUUGUACAAUUAACCACAGGACAAGCCAAAUUAUUUAUUAGCUUUUAUUAAAUUUGGUUAAAAAAAAUCAGCGGUCGACUCAGAUGGAGCUGAGAUCUAGCAGGUAGCCUUUGGCUCAAGCUGCCUGUAUCAAUCAAAGAAGCCACGCCCCUGACAACCAGUAUCCUGGUGGAUGAGAUACAAAAACAAACAGUUCAUGUGAAAAUGUAAAAUAUCCAUAAAGGUGUUUUUUUUUUUUAGAUGUACCUCUCAACAUUUAUCUCUUCUGUAAAGCUGGCCAGUUUAAAACACCUUUUAAAUGUGUGCUCGUUACUUCUGUUUCACCUCUGAUAUUUGAAUCAGUAAUCCGACACGCUGGCACUUCUAAAUGUGAGCACAAUUAACAUUAAAGUCCCUGCUCUUUUCUGACUUGUCAUAUUAUUUAAUGUCAGCAGCUUCAAGGCUUUGGCUGUGCAUUUCCUGCUGGCUGUGCAAAAAAAACUUUGGCUACGAGUUGGACUGUCAAACAAAGCUACGGUUUGUCAAUUAUAAUGGUGCUUCUUCAGCAAUAACACACAUCCACUUUUGAUGAUAGAGUAGCAAAUAAAAUGCCUCGAAUGGGCUACACCUCUCCUCCGCACAUCACCCCACCCCCACCCACAACCCUUCAUCUUCUCCGGAGGUGUUGUUAGCAAAGAGAAGGCGCGCAGGAGGCUGAGUGAGCGUCCACAUUUUACAGCCGUGUGAGAACUUUGAAGAAUUCCUGAUGCUCUUGCACAGCAAGACUGUGAACCCAAAAUGUUGCACAAAUGAUGUUAUGAUGAUGGAGUUUAUUUCUAAAGGCACAAGGCUCAUUGGUGUUAUUAUUCAAUAGUUGUGCUGAGUCAGCAGUUGUUUUAGUUUUGUUUGGGGAAAUCAGGGGAAUAUGUGCUUACGGAUGCUGUUAUUAUUUUAGCCCUUCAGACCCCCACAGGCAAUCGAGGAUUUAAGACUAGAUACUAUUUUAGUCCAACAUUUCAAAGUAGACGUCUGGUGCAACAACAUCUGGAUGGAUGGACAGAAGACACUUUUAAGAACUCCAGUUCCAUAGAUCUGUAUGUAGUUGAAUUUAGGUGACCAGAACUGAUGGUAGUUCAAAUCUUAAUUCCAGAGGCUGUUCCUCUGUCCUCCACAGUGUGGGCAUUAUAUCUUCCCUGCAGAGUGACUUGGGGCAUUGCCUGGAGUUCAUGGUUUAUGCUGGAGUUCCAUGUGAACUCCAAGUGAACCAAAAUGCGUCACGUAAGAAUGUUCAGUCAUUCGUUUGCCAGGAAGAAGGUGUUCUGCACUAUUGGAGAACAUGAAGAAUUUAUGUUCAUUUCACAGCUAGUAUGUAGCCCGUAUAGAUUUUUGCACAUCUGUAGUACCUCGUUGAAUCCCAAAAUACAAAGCAUAUGUUUUUAGCUAAAACUUGGAAUGUACCCCUGGUGUUGGUUCAGAUGGAGGUUGGAUCACAUUCCCAUCAUUCCCAUCAACCACUCUGGAGUUCAUUUGGAACUGCACUGAGACCUUGUUUUGGUCUGUACCCGAGUGCGAUCACUGUGUGCACCAGAGAACCACACCAAGGGGAAAAUGAGCCAGAGUUCAGUUAAAAAAAACAACUAGCAGUUAAGAAAACACAAUGAGCACUUUGAAUACAUUUCUGAUAGCUGCUGCUGCUUUCUUCUGUGAUGUUUUGUGGCUUUGACUUGCUUUGUUUGUGUUUUUUGUUUAGCUGGCUCUGUUUAAGGUUUCACUCCAGUUCCACACCAAACUGGGCUGUUCCUGAUCGAGUCAUCACAUCGCUACCGUACUUCGUCGUGAGAGGCUGACAUUGUUGAAGAGAUACUGAAACCCUCUGAAGCAGCAGGAGAGCAGCCAUGGAUAUCAUCUCCUUGCUGGUCUGCCCUCUCCUCUUCAUCCUCCUGUCCUCCCUCCCCUCCUGCUCCUCGUCCAUGCUGUGUCCGAAGCGGUGCACGUGCCAGAAUCUGCUGCCGUCCUACACGGUGCUUUGCGCCAAGACAGGCCUCCUCUUCGUUCCGCCCAACAUUGACCGCCAGACGGCUGAGCUCAGGCUGAUGGACAACUUCAUUACGACGCUGAGGCACCGUGACUUCGCCAACAUGACCAGCCUGAUCCACCUGACACUAAGUCGAAACACCAUCAGCCAGAUCAGGCCGUACACCUUUGCCGAUCUCCAGGACCUCCACGCCCUCCACCUGGAUGCCAACCGCCUCACCGUGCUGGAUGACUCUCACUUCCAGGGCCUGGUCAACCUGAGGCACCUCAUCCUGGCCAACAACCAGCUGCACAGUAUAUCAGAGGGAGCCUUUCAGGACUUCCUGGAGACUCUGGAGGAUUUGGAUCUGAGCUACAACAACCUGGUGGAAAUCCCCUGGGACACCAUUGCUUUGCUCGUCAGUGUCAACACCCUCAGCCUGGACCACAACCUCAUAGAGAGCGUCCCAGAGGGAAUCUUCUCCAACCUGCACAAACUGGCCAGGCUUGACAUGACCUCUAACAAGCUGAAGAAAAUACCUCCAGACCCACUGUUCCUGCGGAUCCCGGUGUACGCCAAGAUGAAGGGCUCUCCUCUUACAGCGCUGGUGCUGAGUUUUGGCGGGAACCCUCUGCACUGUAACUGUGAGCUGGUUUGGCUUCGCAGGCUGACCAGAGAGGACGAUCUGGAGACCUGCGCUUCACCUAAAGACCUGGCUGGCAAAUACUUCUGGACCAUAAGAGAGGAGGAGUUUGUUUGUGAGCCACCAAUGAUAACGCGCCACACCUCCAAGAUGUUUGUAAUGGAGGGUCAGGAAGUCAGCCUGCGAUGCAAGUCCAUCGGUGACCCUGAGCCGUCAACACACUGGGUCAGUCCAGAUGGGAAGUUGAUUGGAAACACAUCGAGAACAAUCUGCUACGAGAAUGGUUCCCUUGACAUUCUCAAGGCCUCCGUCAAGGAUUCUGGAAAGUUCACCUGUAUAGCGUCCAAUGCUGCCGGGGAGGCCACUGCUCCUGUCGAGUUAGUCGUGAACCCUUCUCCACACUUUGACCCCAAGCUGGACCCUGACCCGGGGCCUUCAGACAUCCCUACGUCCAUCAAAUCCAAUAUCAGCGGAGGCCAGGCCCGCUCUGACCAGCACAGGGUCAGCGUGUCGGAUCUGACGUCCAGCUCUGCCACCAUUAGAUGGCCUCCACAGAACCACAUACCAGGAGUGCGCAUGUACCAGAUCCAGUACAACAGUUCCACAGAUGAUAUACUCAUAUACAGGAUGAUCCCAGCUAACCACAAGUACUUCCAGCUGAGUGAUCUGGCAUCAUCGCGGGAUUACGAGCUGUGCGUUUUGGCCGUGUACGAUGAUGGCAUCACCGCGCUGACAGGCACUAAGCUGGUGGGCUGUGUGUCCUUCACAACGGAGUCAGAAUACGGACGCUGCCACUCUAUACGAGACCAGUUCCUGGGUGGUACCAUGAUCAUCAUCAUUGGGGGGAUCAUCGUGGCCUCUGUCCUCGUCUUCAUCUUCAUUCUCCUGAUGAAGUACAAGCUGCACAGUAACCACUACAAGCAGAAAGCUGUCGCACGCCACGCCAACGUCUGUUCCCAGACCAACGGAGGAGGAGGUGGAGCCAACAUCCUUGCUCUGCCUCCAUCGUCCUCCUCUGCAGGGCAAGGUGGAGGCAUUAAUAGAAACUCCCAACCGUCAUCGUCGACAGAUGGGAUGGGAGGAGCUUCUCUUCGAGGGACGACUGUAGUGGACUUAAAUCCCGCCCAUGACGAUGACAUUUCCCAAUAACACACAAGAAACAGUCCAACCCACAGCCCACCAAUCUCUAAGCCCAAACCAAUACUCCACCUCCCUCCCCCUCUUUUUUAAUUUGUUGCUGGUGCCUGGAGCCAAGCUCCACUUUAAGCCGAGGAGCAGCUCCUGUCAUUGAUUUACUUACAUUCAGCUUCACAGCGAUGGAGGGAGAAGAGGUGAGAGAGGUGCCUCGUGGGUUGUAUGUUAACAUCCUUCUUGUGAGCCCUGACGGUUUGAUACACACUAUCCUCUGAUACCACAUUAUACCAGACCCACACAGGAUGUGACCUUUGGAGCCAGAGAAUUCAAAGCCCACCUGCUGAUAUGCAAAAGACCCCACGCCGCUGGGAGAGACAUAUUGGAUGCAGGUCUGGAACUGGUUCUCGAAACUUUGGAUCAGAGGAACGAGAUAAAACCCUCACAGAAGCUCUUUUUCUUCUUUCGAGGAUGUAAACAAUCAUCUGAUGGGUGUUUGUGUGAUCGCUUCGUUUCUGAGAAUGUGCAGAACAGAUGUAUGUGGACAACAUUUCCCCUGGAUGUUAUUGUGGUCAGUGGUUGGUGGCACCGCUCUUCUCUUUCCCCAGCAUAUAGUCAUAUGCCAAAGGAUUACAACAGUAUUAUGACAGCACUAUUACAACACUGGGCGGACACCCAGACUUCCGGAAACACACCUCUUAGAAACUCCGUGUUGGGCCUUGGAUUGAAAAUAUGAGCACAUUGUCAGCGUCUUGUCUCAAAGCAUCUAUGAUAAUAACAAACAGUCAAGAAACUAAACCGUGAACUCUUCUGGCACUUUACUCAUAUGUUUUCAUCUCAUCCCUCUGCCCUGCCUUCUCUUGCUCUAUUUCUCUUAAUCACUAUGUCUCUCCCCUUUUCUCUCUGAUGAACAGCUGACUUGUAUAUCCUCCAGUAUUACCAAUCUAACUCUUCUGGCUGUGGAUGACUUAGAAAAUGUUGACAUAAUCGGUAUGUUUACGUCCAUUGUGGAUCGAUUCUCUCUGUGUUGGAAUAUUACAAAAAAAAUUAAAAUCGGUGUCCCGAGGACGGAGCCUUUAGGAGCACCAGCGGGAAGUGAUUCAGCGUCUGCGGCAGCACGCGUGCGUCUCUACACGUGACGGUGAAAGCGGCGAAAACGCUCUAACGCUGGAGAGCAGCUGUGUGUGAACACAUCGCUGGUGAACUUGACCGAAACUGUUCCUACCACUAAACGCUGGCACUCGGGAUGGUUAAAUAUACCAAGUGGUUUUAAAAAAUGGCCGGCAGAACUCACGCCGUCCCUUCCUGUCCCCCCCUCCCCUCCUCCCUCCCCCUCGAUGCCCCUCUUUGCCGUUGACAGUGUCUGUGUUUGUAUGCGACAUACACCUUACAGUCUUCGAUGGUUUGAUACCCAUGAUUUACUUUGAAUAUAACGAAACUAAUGACCACAAUAAGGAGAAAAAAAACACAACAACAUGCGAUUUUAUGCUUUCAUAGAUACAAUUAUGUGGAUUUAUAAUGAAAUAAAAGGUAUUUUUCUUGG